CGUCGUCGUCGUCGUCGUCGUCGUCGUCGUCGUCGUUGUCGUCGUCGUCGUCGACGUCGUAUAGUAGUGGUCGCGAAGUUUGCGUACCCGCCACCAUCGUCGUACGAAUAAUACGUCUAUCAAUUUCGAAGGACUUUAAAACGCCCGUGGAAAUUAGUCCGUUUUAAAAGCAAAAAAAAUUUAUUAUUAUUAACGUGGGGGAAUCCUUGUGCUCUUUAUCGUAAGCCCGACACAGGCUCUUGAGCACUACAUCGUGAUUGUCACUUGAUAGCAUCCGAGGCGCCAAACUUGUCCGUAUCGGCGCUUUCUCCAGACCAAGUAGUAUCAAUGUUGUCUGGCAAUGGUGUGUAAGGAGAACGUGGUAUCAUGGUUUGGGAAUCUGUCCAGUUAUAAACGUAUAGAUGUCAUGUGCACGUUGCUAAAUAUGUGCUUGCCAUUUGAAGUACGAUACCUUGGCACGUGUGUCGAGGAUAUUGGAAAGCGAGAUUACAAUGAUCUGCGCGAUACAGAGCAUCAUGCAAACAAUGUCUCAGAUCUCACAGAGCUGACGAACCUUGGUGUCACAGACAAGCGCACAAGAAGAAAACUUGCUCUCUAUAUGGCACUGCUACAUUCUUGCAAUUAUGCAUGCGCAGUGAUCUUAUACAAAAACUUGUCAAACUUUGAUUAUCAAGAGAUUUCCAAUCUUCUCAAUGGGACCACUUUUACACCAGACGAUCAACCUCUGGAAGAAUUACUCUUACUAUAUACAAUGGCAUUAAAUCAUCCAGCCUUUACAUACGAACAGAAGAGUGUCUUUGGUAAUAUUUACAUUAAACUUCAAGAGGAGGAGACACGGUUUAAUCUUUCAAAGUCUAUCACUUCUGGCAAACCUGUACAAGGCUGUACACCAUGCAUUAACACAAAUGAUAGAUUAGUGGAUCCUGAAAUGCAAAGUAGUUGUUUGAUGCCACCACCUCAAAUGCAAACUUAUCAUGGAGAUAUGUCGAUGAGAAAUAAUCCAAUGAUGAGCGGAGUGCCACCUGGUCUUUCUAUGCCUCCACCCGGCAUAUGUUUGCCUACUCCCGAACAAAUGUCAAUGGGUUCUGGAGGCACAACGCAAUAUGUUCAUCUUGGUUUUCCGUCGGUUAAUCAUUUACCACCAUGGACAGGUCAGGUUGUAAUGGGAAAUCAACUGAUGUAUCAUACCGGUGACAUGUUGGCUUAUCCACCUUCCCCUUUAGUCAGUCGCCAGUCCUCGCCAUCCCAAUCUCGAUCUCCUAGUCGUAGUAAUUCUCCAAUGGGCCGAAGAAAUAAUGCAAUGCCGCGGACAUCUUCACAAGUCACUCAGUCAACUUCGAAUACAUUAACAUCAACGAGUGCCUGUAACAGUCAGAUGAGUAUCUCUAGUUCCAAUGCCAGUUCCUUCCCUCUAUUUCCUGCACUUGGCACGAGCAGAAGUCUUCCAGCACAAUCACCGUUACUUCCAUCGAGAUCUCUUCCUUUACCUAUUACCAGCACGACGACUUUCUCUAGACAUAACAGCAUAGACAACAAUCCUUGCACAUUGAUCCCAGCAACACAAUCAAAGCAACCACCACCACCUCCCCCACGAUUAAGAUCUUCAACCUCUGGAGAUUCUUUAAGGGAGACAUUGGGCAAAGAAAUGCCAAACUUCAAAGGAAACCUACAAGAUAUUUCUCUUGAUCAGAUGCGGAGAAUGAGUGACGAAGAUUUAAGGGAAAUUGGAUUAACUCCAAAUGCUGUAGGACAAUUGAGAAGUAUAAUUAAAAGUCAAACUACUAAUGGAUUGAAUCAAAUUACUGCAGAUAAGAAGCUAGACAAUACUAAUAAUUCAGGAAAUACGAUGGGAGAUUCUAUGGAAAAUGAGGGUAUGCCAGGAGUUGAUAUUUUAAACGAUGGCGGAAAUCAAGGUCCGAAAUCCAUGUUGAUGCAGGAACAACACCCAAUGCAUCAUCAUCACAAUCAUGCUGGUACUCCUAAUUUAAGACGGUACCCUGCUAUGCCGCCAGUGGAUCCUGCACAAAUUCAAAUGUAUCCUGCCCCUGCUCCAGUUUACACAACUCAGAAUGCACCGUGUUAUGCCUGUCUCACCGUACCUGUUGCUGGUGUGCAAAAUCGAUAUUCAAGGUGCAACGCCCAACACGUUUAUUGUUUAGCCCAGCUGCAAGCUUUGAGAUUGGACCAUGAAAGCAGUCGGCAUUGUUCACAGAGCAGUAGCUCCGAUAGUUCCGGUAGUAGAUCACCACCUGAAACACCUCCAGCAGCUCCAUGGGUCGGAGGAAAUGAUAGUAAUACGGCACCAGUUACAGAUCAUCUCGGUUCUGUUCCUAUGCAUUCUACAGGUGCUACAUCUCAUCCGGCACCUCAACAACAACAGAUGCAACCGCCGGAAAGACAACGCAGGAAGAAUCAGGGACAUCCAAUGCGUCAUAAAAAUCAAAUGGUGAACGGUGGCGGACCGCCAAGCUUACCUCAUUGCGUCUCGUUUCCAACACCACCUCCACAUUCACAAGUCACGUAUCUACCCCAUGGACACUUCUCUACCUUGAGGCCAAGUAGUGGUAUCUACUCUAACUACUCGCAUGGUCCUUAUGCAAGGCCAACUUACCCAAGCACAUACCAGCCAAAUGGCGAAAUGAUGUAUCAGUAUCCUGGACAUCCACCUUCAGGAGGAACGCCACCACCUCCACCCAAUGCUGCGGGAACACCUGCACCGUACAUGCCACCGACGCCCGUUGUCACUUACGCACCAGCUGCUGUUCAACCAACUAAAGUAUCCUGCUAUAAUUGUGGUAGCAGUAAUCAUAUCGCGAUAGAUUGUAAAGAUCAGACUAUGGAGGACCUUACAAAGAAAGCCCAAUAUCGGCUAGAUUAUACGAUAAUGAAACAGCCCGGGGAUUGUUCGAAUUCUGACAAGUGAUCCCCUGCCAUGGACCAUCCUACUAUCUUUCAUUGUCAUCAUCAAUUAUACCAUAGCGAAUGUCGGAGACGUCAUUAUUAUCAUCAUUACCAUUGUUACAACGAUCCUGCUUCUACGAACCAGCUUAAGGAUCGAUUAAAUGACGACUGCUACAACUCUCCGUGCAAGUUUUCAGUGAUUUUUCUAGACAUCCUCUGUAUCGAAGCCGACGAAUUUUUAACUGAGGACAUUUCGCGAUUCACGGUACCAGGUAUACUCUUUACAAGUUCUUAUUUAUGAUAGUGAUUAUUCUUAAAAAAAAAAACAAAAAAAAAACAAAAAAACAAAAAAACAAAACAUACAAAUAAAUGUGCGAUUGUAAAAAAAAAAAAAAA